AUGACCACAACGAAUAACAUCGAUAUUGAUAAUGAAAUAAAACAAUACAAUAACGUAACUUUGAAAUCAUUAACAGCUUCACAACUACUAUCACAAAGGGAAAAUAUAUGUGAGCUGUUUCAAUUGAUAGACGAUACUGCUAUACAUGGUAUGAUCGUCAACGAGAAAAGACAGACCUCGACAUUAAAUGGUUUAAAGUCUCAAUUAGAAAUAUUAAAGAAGGAUUAG